AAAUUAGAAAAAAAUAAGUUCAGAUAAGAUAAGAUAAGAUCAAAUCACACGGUGGCCUUAUUAAACUCUCCAAUAAACCCUAAUCACUUCUCAACUUUCUUACAGUUUCUUCCUUAAAACCCCUACAGUAGAGUACAUUUUCUUCCUUAAAACCCUAAAAAUGAGGAACAGAGAUGACUACAGAUUUCUCAGAUUGGCUGACGCCAUGACUGCUUUGAAUCAGAAAGUUAACCUAAUCGGCAUUAUUGCUGAGUAUGGAACUCCUACUCGAAGUAGAGGAACAGAUUGGUUUUGUUCAUUGAGAAUUGUGGAUGAGUCACAUAAUGUCCGUGGACUUUUAGUUAAUAUCUUUGCUGAAACUCAAGAGAAGCUUCCUCAGGUUAAGGCAUCGGGAGAUAUCAUCCAACUUUCCCAUGUUUUGAUGAAAACUCAUAAUAAGGAAACCUAUGCCCUUUUCAACAAAAAAUUCUCUUCAUUUGCGCUCUAUGAAGGGAAACAUGGUGAAAACUAUAAUCCCUAUCAAAUCUCAUCUAUGUUUUGGCCAAGAAACCAAGACACAAUGUUUGUGGAUGGAUUGAGAAAAUGGGUAGACAAUUUCCAGCUUGAUUCAGUAUCAGAAGAAUCUGUGUUGUUGAGGCAAAUCAAGGAUGGGCAAUGUUAUGAUCUGGUUUGCAAGGUUUUGCAUGUGUCUCAAGUUGAUCAAGAGGAGUGGAUGCUGUUUGUUUGGGAUGGAAGUGAUGCUCCCCCACCUCAACUUCUAUCUGAGCUACACACAGAAAAGGAAAAUCCACUUCCACUGCAAUUGGAACCUCAGCCUUUGGCCAGGGAAGCCUUGUGUAAAUUUCCGACUAUUGGAACUAUAUUGAGAGUUUCUGUUGAUCAAAAAAAUGUCAAGCUCAAUAUAUCUUCAGUUAGUGCUGGUAGAUGGAUAAAAUUUAUCAACCUAAUGUUUAAAGUACAUGAAGGUUUGUGGUGUGGUGUACUAACCUCAUCAACAAAAGUCCGUUUCUUACCAAAUGAACACCUUGUUAUAUUAGAGAGGCAAAGGUUGGUAAUACACAUGCUUUCUUUCUUUUGGUGCAUGGUUCACUUUGAUUUGGUAAAUAUAAUGUAUCUGAGAUUUGUGGCAGUAUCUCUUAGUAAUCUGCAUUAUUGCAUGGUCUGUGUGAUUGUUAUUAACAUCAAAAGGUUGUACAUAUGUUUCAUUAGGAAUUUUGAAAAGAGGUUAUCCUCUAAAUUGGACCAGAUGCCAUUUACUAGCUUUCCUUGGCCGUGUCGCAUUACAGAAGUUGAUGAUAAAGUUGAAGGUGUACCUCUUGUCACCCUAAUGGACGUUAUGACGUAUCCACAGGUGACAGGAAAAUAUAAAUGUAUUGUUCGGGUUGUAGCAGCACUUCCAUGGACUAUUCAGGACUUUCGCUCUCCAGAUGGAACCUACCGGAUCCGGCUUACUUUAGAGGACCCAACUGGAAGAAUUCAUGCCUAUUUAUUUGCUGAAGAUGGGGAAGUAUUUUUUGAAGGUAACCCGCCAAUGGAUGCAUUGAUUCGGAAGUGGAAUACGUUGCUUGGAGUUGCUGAAGUUGAUAGUGGUGGUGUAAUAGAGAAUGCUCCCAGAAAUCCUCCAUGGGUUCUUUGCUGUAUCAAAUCAUAUUAUGUUGACAAAAACGAUGUCUGGGGAAGUAGGAAGUACCGAAUCUUUGAUACAAAGCUCGUAUGCUGAAGGUGAACCUUGUAGUGUUGUUUUUGUUUCUGGUUCUGAUUUGUCCUAAAUCCAGCUUAUCUUUAUGCUGACAAAAAUGAUGUCUGGGGAAGUAGAAAGUACCGAAUCUUCAAUACAAAGCUCAUAUGCUGAAGGUGAACCUUGUAGUGUUGGUUUUUGUCUUGGGUUCUGACUUAUCCUAAAUCCAGUUCAUCUGGUAAUUGUAAAUUUUGUACAUAGUGUAUGUAAAAUGGCGAAACCCGUAACUGGCAUUGAAAUGUAUGACAAAAGGCUGGUGUAAACUGGACUAAUGUUCAUAUGAUCAUUUCAAAGAUGAAUGAAGGAUUCCCUCACUUUGAUCCACCUGAA